UCAAUUAGUGGUUUUUCAGCUGCUUCUUGUACAGAUCAAAACACUUAGGAUUUAUCGCCGGAGCUUUUUGAAAAUGGAAGGUAUUCUUGCUGCGGUUCCAACUGCAAUGUGUGUCUCUCUGCGCACUAAUGCUGAACCCAUUCAUCAUUUUCCCGGGAAGUUCUCGAAUCGGGUUUCAGUGCUUCAAACAGGGAACUGCGUUUCUUCUCUUCGGAAACGUUCGAUUCAUCCUUGUCAAAACGGCAAUGCUUUGCUCAGAAAGCUACAUUGUGGUGAAAUUUCGCGUGGCAUCGUUAAAUCCGCCGCUUCUUCGGUUGGAAAUGCAGACGAAUACGCUGAAGAAACGGCGACAAGUGUGAAGUUUCGGAGAUCAGUGACAUUACCUGGUUGUUCUAGCCCGUUGUCUUUGCUAGGCACUGGGUUUAGGGAGAAAAAGUUUGCCAUCAUUGGUGUCAAAGUCUAUGCUGCGGGUUAUUAUGUGAAUGAAUCUAUCCUGAGAGGGUUAAGCGCUUGGAAAGGGCGAUCUGCCGAUGAGAUCGAAAAAGAUUCAUCACUGUUUAGUUCCAUUUUUCAAGAUCAAGCAGAGAAAUCUUUGCAGAUUGUUCUCGUGAGAGAUGUUGAUGGUAAAACCUUCUGGGAUGCAUUGGAUGAAGCCAUUUCACCGAGAAUCAAAUCUCCGUCUUCUGAGGAUACUACUGCUCUCUCUACAUUCCGCGGGAUCUUCCAAAGCAGACCUCUCAACAAAGGAAGUGUCAUACUCUUGACCUGGAUCAACCCUUCUAAAAUGCUUGUUUCUGUCUCCACGGGAGGAUUGCCAACGGAUGUGGAUGCUACGAUCGAGUCAGGCAAUGUUACAUCUGCUCUGUUUGAUGUGUUCUUUGGGGAUUCUCCAGUUUCUCCUACAUUGAAAUCUUCAGUGGCUAACCAGUUAGCUAUGACCCUUGUGUGAACGUAAAGUAUCAUAUUGUAGCUGUAUGUAUCAUGAAAAUUGCAAUGUGUUAAUCUCUAUUUUAUGUUGUUAUCUAACCAUAUAAAGUUAGCCAACAUGAGCAAAUUUAAUACUCGAAA